AUGGCACCAAUAACAGAUGCCGCGGUCGACGACCUUAAGAGCACCGUUAACAGGCUCGAGAAGCGCAUCGCUGAGCUGGAGAACAGGCUGUCUGGCCAAAGUGGGGGUGAACCAGCGUCGGCGGAGAGUGUCAGGAUGAUUCUCAUGGGACCACCGGGUGCUGGCAAGGGCACACAAGCGCCGCGAAUCAAGGAGAAGUUCUGCGCAUGCCAUCUUGCUACCGGAGACAUGCUACGCGCGCAAGUCGCGGCGAAGACAGCUCUCGGUCGGGAAGCGAAGAAGAUCAUGGAUGCUGGCGGUCUGGUUAGCGACGAGAUCAUGAUCAACAUGAUCAAGACUGAGCUCGAGGGCAACGCAGAGUGUUCCAAGGGAUUCAUCCUCGACGGCUUCCCACGAACAGUGACCCAGGCUGAGAAGCUUGACGGUAUGCUUGCUGCGACCAAGAAGCCCCUCCAACACGCCGUUGAACUGCAAAUCGACGAUGGCCUCCUCGUCUCGCGCAUCACGGGCCGCCUCGUUCACCCCGCAUCCGGCCGCUCUUACCACAAGAUCUUCAACCCACCCAAGGCCCCUAUGACCGACGACGUAACUGGUGAGCCGCUCAUCCAGCGUUCCGACGACAACGAGGACACGCUCAAGAAGCGCCUCUCAACCUACCACGCUCAGACCGCACCCGUUGUUGCUUACUACCAAAAGACGGGUAUCUGGAAGCCCAUUGACGCAAGUCAAGAGCCAGGCCAGGUAUGGAAGAGUCUGCUCAAGAUCUUCGAUAACAAGGCCAUGGUUGCUGGACGAACAGGUAGCUUGCUCAACAAGGUCGGUCUUAAGAACUAG